GAAACUUCAGUUUGCUCAAAGUUACUCGGACGGAUAGAAAGUUGCCAAAUCGGUUUGCAAUUGGAGAACUUACUUAAGUCCCUUUUACUGUCACUUUAAUUUUUCAUUUUUUUUUUUUUUAUAUUUUUAUACUUCUUUCCUUCUUUUUUUUUUUUUAUUCUAAUUCUACUAUUUAUUUUUUUUUUUUAUAAUUAUACUAAGUGUUUAAUUUUCUUCGUUGGUGAGAGUGAUCAAGAAAAUUUCCGAUAAGAUCCGAUCGUUGGCCAUUCUUUUACUUUGUUUAUUUGAAAAUAAUCGAAAUAUUUUUUAUUUCAUUCUUACAUUUUUUCCCAACGUGCAUCAAAAGCAGAAGUUUACGAGAGUGUUAGACAAAUUUUUGUAUUAAAAAUGGCACAGAUGGUAAAAAUGAUUUACGAUAGUUAUCGGGAUCUGAUGGACAAUAAAAGCGAUCCAAGGGUCAACAAUUGGGCAAUGAUGGGCGGACCAUUUCCAACACUUUUCAUUUGUUUAUCUUACGCAUACUUCGUCAAAGUAAUCGGGCCAAAGUUAAUGGAAAAUCGCAAACCAUUUGACCUUAAAAACGUCAUGAUACUUUAUAAUUUAUUCCAAGUGAUAUUUUCCAGUUGGUUGUUUUAUGAGUGUUUGAUGUCCGGUUGGUGGGGCGUUUAUUCGCUGAGAUGUCAACCGGUUGAUUACUCGGACGAUCCUAUGGCACUUAGAAUGGCAAAUGGCUGUUGGUGGUAUUACUUUUCUAAGUUUACCGAAUUUAUAGAUACAAUAUUUUUUGUUUUACGAAAGAAGAACGAUCAUAUAUCGACGUUGCACGUGAUUCAUCACGGUUGUAUGCCAAUGUCAGUUUGGUUUGGUGUCAAGUUCACCCCAGGUGGUCACAGUACGUUCUUCGGUCUUUUGAACACGUUCGUACACAUAGUGAUGUAUUCUUAUUAUCUUCUAACUGCAUUCGGACCAAAAGUUCAACCAUACUUAUGGUGGAAAAAAUAUUUGACGAGUUUGCAAAUGAUACAAUUUCUUUUGGUAAUGAUUCACGCAUUUCAACUUCUAUUCAUUGAAUGCAAUUAUCCUAAAGCAUUCGUAUGGUGGAUCGGCAUGCAUGCGGUUAUGUUUUAUUUCUUGUUCCGUGACUUUUACAUCGAGGCAUACAAGAAGAGAAAUAAUAUUAAAUCGACAUUGAAAAGACAACAGAAAGAAAUGAUUAAGAAGAAAGAAGAAGAAGAAGAAGAAGAAGAAGAAAACAAGAACAACAAAUCCAUGAAAAAUGACGAUAUUAUUUACGCUAAUCAAUACAAAAUGGCAACUGGUUACAUAUCGGACGAGGGAUUGAGAAAUCGCGUUUUCAUCGACAAUCGAGGAUUAUCCAUGGAAUGAAGGAAGAAGAAGGACGCGAUAAAAGGGCAUUUUAGGGACGUUGAUUAAUGUGAAUUAACGUCAACGCUUAAUCCUUGUCCAAAGGAUAACCGUUUAAGACUUUUUCAUUUGCGAUGUGUGUGUGUGUGUGUAUGAGUGGUGUGUAAUAUGAUGAAUGAAUGAAUGGAGAAAAGGAAAAAACAAGAGAAAGAGAGAGAGAAAGAGAGUGAAAAGAAGAGAGAUAGAAUAAAAAAAAUAGUAAGAAGUAAAUUAAGAGAAAGCUCUCAUGAUCAAACAAAAAAAUGUACAGUCCUUAUGCAUACAAAAACCUCCCCCGACCCCCUUGAAAUGUUAUUUUCCUACGAAAUUGAGAAGAAAAAAAACCCUGUCGAAAAGUGCACCAAAGAAAUCUAUUUUAUUCCUUUCGUAAUUUUGUUUUACAAUUAGCUUUGCGUUUAAAAACUAACCACAAGCGAAAUAAUUGUUUUAUAAUGAUCUCUGGCUUGAUAUAACAUAAAUCUGUGAUAAUUAACUUUCUCGUGUGCCAAUUCAUAGUUUUGUUUAUUUCUAUUUUCGUUUUCGUUUUCUUGUUCUUGUUCUUUUUCUUUUUUUUCCAUUAUUUUUCCCCUUACUUCGAAUCGCGUUGCCAAUGAUAAUAUCAAUGAAAGGGGGUAGAAAAAAGGGAAAUCGAAAUAAAUAAUUUAUUUGAAUCGAUGGAUUAAUGAACGCUGAUGUAACAUUGAUUUUACCAUUUACCUCGAAAUAAAGACAAACGAUCGCGGAACUUUUUUUUGUUUAGCGCUUAAAAUAAGUCAUAGAAAUAGAUAAAGAGAAUAAUAUAGGACGUA